GCCGUUUUGCCGGAGUGUGCUCGAUCGGAGUUCGCUCACGAGACGUUCAGUGACAGAUCUGUGCUUUAAGCAUUAGAGCGCGCGCGAAUCCAAGCCGCAGAUCACAACCCCCCUCACGAGAAAGGGUUUAAUCGGGUGGAUCGCGUCGUGUAUCGGGUUUUACUGGCGGAUUUUUUUUCGUUCGUUCUGCUGCAACUGGAAACGACAGUAAAGAUUCCACCGACCUUGUCGCCGUUGUUAUCAUUCUGUUCACACGAACUCUGACCCAAUCCAACCACGUUCCGGAUGACGCGUUUCUUGCAGCUCCUCCAAAUCGAUAGACUCCGGGGACUGAGGUAGUGAUUAAAAAUUCCUUUUCCCACGCACCCGAGAACACUCGAAUUUUAAUUUGCUUUUUCUGGUUAAAAAACUUCAAGUCAACUGUCACGCAUCUCGAAAGGUUGACACCAAAGUUCAGCAAAUGUCAAAUUCGAGUGAUUUUUUUUGGAAUCACGUUUCCUUCAGUUUGAAUAAUAUAAGAGAAGCAGGGAAAAGUGUUCGGUAAUCUUACUUACGCGAAAUUAUUGUUGGUUCGACUUAAGCUUAAGCGAGAUUGGGGGCUUUCAUUUCGAUGUAGGUAGAUAUUUGAAUGCGCAGACCCCUAAGCGUUCAAGGGUGAAAAUUGCUAAUUAGGGGUGAAGAAAAGCUGGAAAUCUAGAUCAAAACGGAGUGGUCCAGCAGUCUAGCCAACCAGCAUUAAGCAGUGAGUUUUAGUGAUUCUUAGCCGGGUCUUGGCUCGAAGAAAGAGGUCAAAAUAAAUACGAAACCAAAAUAAUACGACCGAUCCAAACAAGCGAAAGAAACCGGCUCAAACCUUGAUAAAUCGGCUGGAAAGAAUAAAUACAACGGGCGUCUACUUCAACUUAACGCGAGAGUGUUUAGCCUUGCAGCAGCAGCAGCAGCUCUAGAAAUAAGAAUAAAAGCAGCAACAGCCGAAAACAGAUCGCGGUUUCUGUCAACCCCCCCGAGAAAGAGUAUGAGCUUCAACACUUUGGCAGCAUCGGCGGCAGUAAUGAAGAUGGCCGCCGUCGACUGGGAAACCCCGGCAUCCCGUGAUCACCUCGUAGACUCUAGACUGUCCGGUGCCAGCAAUCGCAGUAGUAGCAGUCGUUCCAGCUCACCGAGUCCACCCAGCCCGUACAGCUACAUCGAUAGUGCCAACUUUUAUCACCACAAUCUUCAGAAGCGGCUGCAGCCGUUGCAUUUGCAGUAUCAGCCGGGAGGUUCCAAAAACAGUAACGCUCAGCAGUCAAGGCGCAGUCACAGCGGAAGCAGAACCGGCGAUCGGAACUGGAAUCAGCCCCGGCUGUUGACGAUGGAUCGAGGCGCCUAUGUCAAUCGAAGCUUUAUGCAUUACGACGAACAGGUCGAUCCGACAAUUGAUUACCUCCAACAACAGCCGGAUCGAAGGAACGAUCGGCGUCGCCAUAGUUCGCACCUGAUAACGGCGCUGCCGCCAACGUCCAAGAUGGAUGACCUGAAGCAGCGAUUUGACGAGUACCACUCAUCGGCUGCCGUCGGCAUGGGCAAUGGGGGCGUCCCGAGGGGUAAGCGGCGUCUCAGUCGGCAACUCAACAACAACAACAACAACAGCAAUCAUCAGCUGGCCGGACUCACCACCGGUGGAGCCAGUAGACUGAAUCUUGGCUACGGUGUGGCAGCAGGCAGCAGAAGUUUGGUGGACGUGUACGAUUCGCGAACGACGCCCGCCGCCGAGGGAAGACUCGGACAGCAACAGAAACAGCAAAAACAACAAAGACAGCAGCAACAACAACAACAGAAGGGGAACGGCAAAACGCCGAAACGUGGCUCAAGGUCGUCACAAGGAUCGACUGAUAGUAGUCAUAGCUCCCAUAGCGCUUCAUCCGGAUCGCUGCUGCUGACGGUGGCGAAUUUGGAGAACUUUGCCAAAAUCCACAAGAAGCACGAGUCCAGCUACGGGACGAGCAAAGCCAUGGAGGAGUAUCUGUCCUCAACGGUUGGAGUCGUUCCGACGGCUGCCCUCAUGGACGCAAUCGGCAGCAAAUACAACAGCAAUAUCAUGCUUCAGCAACAGCAACAGAAUACCGUUGAUCAAACGGAUCAGGUGGCCACGACGUCAUCCGCCAUCAUUGCCAUCGAAGAUAUCACACCGGAAUACCAGCAGCAGAAUCCGGUAACACUGGAUCCGGUAACCGGAUUGCCAACCUUCCAUCGACCAACAGCGAAAACCAAAGAUCCGGACUCGGUGUCCAUGGCCAGUUCCACGCAUUUUACUAUGAUCAACGGCAUCGGAGGGCCGCAGCGGCGACCCAAAUCUGGAAUCUGUUCCCGCGGGCACCAGAUUACGAUCCUGAUCGUGACCAUGAGCUUCGUGUUUAUGGUCGGGAUCUGUGCGGCGGUGUUCUUCCUCGAAAUGCGUGCCCGAGAGAUGCCCAGAUAAGGGAAACAAUGCAACGAACGCAGUAUUCUGAGCCGUGGACACUCGGAUAAAAUCCGGAAGCAUGAAUCGCUCAAUUUUAACUAACAAAGUAAAGACACAUCCAUCGAACAACCUACCCACAACAACACAACGCCACCAUCAAGCCAUAUGUCUUCACACACACAAAACAAACGAAUAACCCUUCGGAAGUACCAGUUACGCAUUAGUUUGUAAGGACCGAGUAUAGAUUUUAUACACCUCAGAAGUGUAUAUAAACCUUACCUAAAGUUUCUUAAGUAGAUAAGCUUUCUAGAGUAAGAGUAAUAACAACAAAAACACUAACGAACGCAGAAAAACGGAUGCCGCCUGGCUGAAUAUUUGAAUGAAUGGUAAACUUUGAGUGUUUGCUCGUUGUUUUUUGAAAAACCUAUUUAAAGGAAGAAAAUUUUAUUACAGCGAUAUGUCGGUCUCACGAUCAUCACCAUUUGUGGCAUUUGACCUUUUGAGUGCAUAAUGUAGGGUUAGCAAUUAAAUUGUGAUGAUAUGAAGAGCCUUUGACUAGUAUUUCUGUGCGGCAUCCGGAAAAAAUAAUAUGAUUUCACUCCCAAUUCUUAGUCUGUAUCUUUUCGAAUCUAUUCUAUCCUACUGUUUUUUUCUUACUAAUUUCAAAUCUGUGUUUGAGUUCAUCUCUUUUUCCUUCCUUUUUGCAAAUUAGCUAGGUACUUU